AUGCCGGCGCGUUCAGUAGCGACGGACCCGCUGCCGGCAGGCCGCCCCGGUGUGCCUGAGGUGGCGGGCGCACCCGCGGGCGGUGCCGUUUCCGGCAACUGGCAGCAAGCGACCCACGGAGGGUUUGAUGCCAGCGACCGUGACCAGGACAACCGCGCGCCCUACUACUUCUCCAGUGACCCGUUCUCCGGCGCGUGGUACCGCACGGACGCGUCCGCCACCGCCGGGGAGUCGCAGGCUAAGAAGGUGUUCCGCGCGACGGCCCCCAAGCUGUCCGUGCGCGACCGCGGUAUGCAGCAGCAGCGCAACCUGCAGCUCCUCCGCGUUUACCUGAGCGCGCAGUUGCACAACUCGCGCGCGUUCUGCACCGCCGCCAACGUCAGCCUGCACCUGGCUGGGUGUUUUGACGCGGAUCUGUCCGCGCGGUUUGAGCGGGUGCAGGAGACUGUCGAACGCAGGCUGUGCCAGGAGCUGCAGCUGGACGGGCGCGACCGGCUCAUCCCCGCCAGCGCCAUCGACAGCACCGCGCGCCUCGCGUCCAGCGCCGUCAAGCGCUACGUCUACCGUAUGCAGCUCGACUACGAGCGCGCCAUGGUGGAGCAAAUGCGGCAGGGGGCUUGCACAGAGGGCUGCGAUGACGUCCCUGAGGACGAGACACCGGGGGGGUACAUUGACCGCUUUGUGCUGGCCGCCAGUGACCCCGACGUUAAGCAGCAGCUUUCCACGCGGCAGAUGGUGACUAUUGUGUCUGGUGGUUUCCACACUGCCGUGGCCGCGCUUUGGGCGGGGCGCCGCGCGUCGCCAGACUUGCUGCGCAUCAGCAACUCCGGGGACCACGACCUCCUGUUCAGGCGCCUGGCCGAUGAGGCGCCGCUGUUGGAUGACGACGUGCGGUUCGGCCCUUGA